AUGACUAGCUACGCUGCCCGUUUGAAACGGUUUACAACCUGCGAUAUUUCUGAUGGUUUAUUGAAUCUGUAUGGAAUUGCAAAUGGAGGCUACUUCCCCAACCUUACAAGACGUUCAGGUUCUGGAACUAUUGUUGGCAAGGCAUACACCGUUUUAUUUGGAGAUCCCAAAGAAACAGGCUCGCCAGAAGCGGCCAAUUACAUUGAUAGCGUGCCAGAGGGUUCAGUUUUAACCAUGGCAGUAACUGAAGACUUACAAAUGCACCAUGCACCAUAUACAAAACCUUCACAGGCCAUGUAUGGGGGAUUGAUGUCGACUCGGGCCCAGUAUCUAGGUAGCGAGGGUUCUGUUGUAUUUGGAAGGAUCCGUGACCUCCAAGAACACCGUGACUUAGAUCACAGCGUAUUUAGUUACGGCAUUGGAACAUGUGCUCCCAAGGCUGCUUUGAAACCUAUAGCAUUGGAUGUGCCAUUAAGGAUCAAGAUUAGUGACGGAACAACCGAUACGAUUACGCCUGGGGACUGGCUGAUCUGCGACGAAAACGGGGUGGUGCGUAUUCCAGGCGAAGUUAACGGGCGUGCUUUGGAUCUGGACCGGUUGUUGGAAUAUGUAGAGAAGUCUGUUGAAGCUGAUGAGCUGGUCUCUCAAGACAUUAAGAAUGGAGAGCCUGCCAAGGCAUCCCAGAAGAAGCGCAGGGCCGUGUUGAAGAAGUACAUUGAAUAG